AGUAACGAUUAGCUCUUUAUAACGUCCUGUCUCAUCCCUGAAGCGUCAGGACUAAAGGACGGCUCCAGAGAGGAGGCGGACACUCACGUCUUCUUCAUCUGUAUCUUCUCGGCGUGCCGCUGCUUGUGGUAGAGCUUGGCCUUCAGCCCGAUCAUCUUCUUGGCCUUGCGGGACCGCUCGUGCGCCUCCCGGCCCUCCUUCUUCCUGCGCCUCUCGUGGUAGUCCAGCCGGUACCCAUAGCGCUUGCGGUGCAGCUCGAUGUGCUCGUUCUGCGGCUGUGGGCACAGAGGCAGCGCGAUAUUUUGCCCUGCAACCUGUUCUCUUUCAAGACCAGAAAAUCUAUUUGCACUUCGCUGAUCUGUAAUCGGUGCUCUAGAGCUUCUCUGAGAGUUAGUGGAACAGCAUCAAAGAGUGGAGCCAGAAUGUGGAAAGUUAUGAGGAGAGUUUCAGUGGAUUUAUUGGAGUCAUCAAGUUUAUGCAAUAAGCAGGUGUAUUUCAGGAAGACAAAAAUGAGAGUUGUAAGUGUGACACAGCAAAACUGCAGUCUGAGAAACUACAGUGCUCCACCAGGAGAUGUUAAGUCUCUGCGUUCUGUCAUUAAUCCUGAUAUAUCCAGAAUCCGAAACAUUGGCAUUAUGGCCCACAUUGAUGCAGGCAAAACUACGACAACAGAGAGAAUGCUGUAUUAUUCUGGAUACAUAAGAACACUUGGAGACGUUGAUGAUGGAGACACGGUGACAGAUUUUAUGGUACAAGAGCGAGAACGUGGUAUUACCAUUCAGUCUGCUGCAGUUACGUUUGACUGGAAGGACUACAGAAUCAAUCUGAUUGACACCCCAGGUCAUGUGGACUUCACAGUGGAAGUUGAGCGUUGCUUAAGAGUCCUGGAUGGAGCAGUAGCAGUGUUUGAUGCUUCAGCUGGUGUUGAGGCACAAACUCUGACAGUCUGGAGACAAGCAGACAAACAUCAGAUACCACGAAUUUGCUUUUUAAAUAAGAUGGACAAAAGCAGGGCAAGUUUUACGUAUGCCGUUGAGAGCAUCAAACAAAAGUUGAAGACAAAACCUUUGCUAUUACAGUUGCCCAUUGGGGAAGCCAAGACCUUCAGAGGACUGGUUGAUAUCGUGACUAAGGAAAAAAUAAUUUGGAAACCUACUUCUGAUUUGGAUGAUGGAAAAAAUUUUGAACGAAAGCUGCUGCUGGAGGCUGAUGAUCCAAACCUGUUCCAAGAAGUCCAGGAUGCCAGAAAUACCUUAAUAGAACAAGUUGCAGAUCUGGAUGAUGAAUUUGCUGAACUGGUUCUAGGAGAACACAGUGAAAAUUUUGACUUAAUAUCAGCUGAGAAGUUACAGUCUGCUAUCCGGAGAGUCACUCUUGCUCACAAAGCUGUCCCUGUACUCUGUGGCAGUGCACUGAAGAACAAAGGAGUGCAGCCACUACUGGAUGCCAUUACUAUGUACUUGCCUGCACCUAAUGAACGUUCAUAUGAGUUUCUACAGUGGUACAAGGAUGACCUGUGUGCCCUAGCAUUUAAAGUUCUCCAUGAUAAAUGUCGUGGACCACUGGUUUUUGUUCGCGUUUACUCAGGUUCACUGAAACCUCAGUCAGCUGUAUAUAAUAUUAACAAAAGUUGCACAGAGAGAAUGAGCCGGCUGCUCCUGCCUUUUGCUGAUCAGCACAUUGAAAUACCAUCACUGAUGCCUGGCAACAUUGCUCUUACUGUUGGGUUAAAACAGAGUGCCACUGGAGAUACCAUAGUGUCAUCAAAGGCUUCAGCAGUCGCUGCAGCACGCCGAGCUGGAAAGGAUGCCAGGGAGAAGAGGUCUGUGAGUGAUGUAGACAGCCUUCUGCUGGCAGGUGUUGAGGUCCCUGACCCUGUCUUCUUCUGUACAAUUGAACCUCCUUCAAUGGCCAAACAACAAGACUUGGAUAAUGCAUUGAGCUGCCUUCAGCGUGAAGAUCCAAGUUUAAAAGUGAAGAUAGAUCCUGACACAGGACAAACUAUCCUCUGUGGCAUGGGAGAACUACACAUAGAGAUCAUUCAUGACCGAAUCAAACGUGAAUAUGGAAUUGAGACUUAUUUGGGACCUCUUCAAAUAGCAUACCGAGAAACCAUCUUAAGUGCUGCCCAAGUUACAGAUAUACUGGACAAAACAGUAGGAGAUAAACGACACUUUGUUACUGCAGAGUUAGAGGUGAGACCCAGGUCAGGGGACAGAGCAAUGACAAAACCCAUCAUUGACUAUACUGAGAGUGUUAUUGGAGAACUACCCAAAGAACUCCAAGGAGCUAUAGAAAAUGGAAUCAUGAAUUCAUGCAUUCAAGGACCUCUGCUUGGAUUCCCAGUUCAGGAUAUAGAUGUGACAGUGCAAUCACUGACAGUGCAUCCGGACACCUCCCACACAAUGGUAUCAGCCUGUGUCUCCCGUUGCAUGCAAAAGGCCUUGAAAAAAGCUGGUAUACAAAUACUGGAGCCCGUGAUGAACCUAGAAAUCACAGUAAGUGAAGAUCACCUCAGUGCAGCACUUUCUGAUCUUGCACAGCGGAGAGGUAGUAUUCAGGAAAUCCAGAGUCGUCAAGAUAACAGAGUUGUGGUUGCUGCUGUUCCACUAGCAGAAAUGAUGGGCUACUCAACAGUUCUGCGUUCUUUAACAUCAGGCUCAGCAACCUUCACAUUGGAGCUUGCCAGUUAUCAAGCCCUGAACAGUCAAGAGCAAAGUGCACUUCUUCAGAGGAGGAUGGGGUUGGUGUGAUCACUUUACUCUGUAGAACGGUGUUUUCUAUUCUCCAUGUUAAAUAUUUCCAUAUGUACACCAGUACGUUCACCUGGGACCAACUGGUGGUGGUAAAUGACGAGUCAGCAGCCAUAUGAACAGACUGGGCUCUUAAUUGUCUGCGGGGGAAAGUUCAAGAGCCUGUUUUAAUGGCACAGCCUUGUAAUUGCAAAGCAGGUAUGGAACCACAAGGUGUUGCUUUGCAAAUUUUUAUCUUACAGAUAAGAUCCGUAAGGAGAAUUGAUGCACAUCCUUUUCACAGAAAUGAGGACUAAGUGCAUGUUAGUGUGCCACGAGAACUGAUUCUUAAUUUAGUAAAUAAAGUUUGUGAAGUUUAUGUCUAUCAGUGAAAUAACUUUACAGUUUCGGCAGUCUGUGUCAUCAUUUGUUUUCAGCUGAAUGAAAGUAUAUGGUUAAUAUGCACUUUAAACAGUACAACUAAAGUAUUACUUCUUGUACUGGUAGCAACUAGUUAUGAAAGAGAGUUCAGGACUGGGUGUAACUUCUACCUGAGUUUGCUUUAGCAAGUAGGUGAAAUGGAUACUUCUGCAAAUUGAGUAAGAUCUGUGCAAAAAAAAUACAAGAAAGAGAGAGUUCUUCCACGAUGGUAAUCCCUACCUACCACCCUGCAAUAUGAUGACGGAGGAUUUUUUUUUUACCUUUAGGAAUGAGUGAAUUAAGCUAUAAUAGUCCUGAUUUGCUAUGAGUUGCAAUUAUCUGGUUACCCAGAAAACUGGCAAAUGAUAAAAUACUUUGAAAUAAAAAAGAUAGUUUGCUCUUUAUUUAAA